GUCCUGUCGAAUGAGCCUAACCAUUACUGCCCCUUCUGUCCGUACGCAAAAUGUUGCCAACCAAGGUUGCCCUGGCUGGCGCCACUGGGAAUCUAGGAAUCGUGGUUCUCGAAGCUGUGCUCUCCGCAGAUCUACCUCUGACGGUCCUUACACGAAUUGGGGGGAAUUCGGCCAAAUUGGCCAAGUAUCGAAAUCUCGAGAUCAAAGAGGUGGAUUUCAGCGACAUUGACUCCAUGAGACAAGCACUGGAUGGGAUCACGGUGGUCGUUUCAUGUCUUGCGACCCUGGCUAUUGGCUCGCAAAACGCGCUCAUUGAUGCAUCCUCCGCCGCUGGGGUGAGGCGCUUUAUACCCGCUGAGUUUGGAAUGGAUUCUCUCAACCAAUUGUGUAGAGAGUUGCCAGUGUGUCAGCCAAAGGCUGCGACGCAGAAAUACCUUGAAGAGAAAUCUCAAAAGAACCCGACGUUCACGUGGACCGGGAUUGCUAACGGGUUGUUCCUCGACUGGGGUUUGCGAGAAGACUUCAUUCUCAAUCUCUCGAAACACAAUGCAACAUUGUUCAACGGUGGGGAUGUUCCGUUCAGUGCCACAAAUCUGGAGGAUGUCGCAACGGCAGUAUUAGGUGUCAUCAAAAACCAGGAGCAAACCGCAAAUCGGUUGAUCUACAUCCAAUCAACCGUCACAACACAAAAUCAAUUACUUCGAUAUGCUAAAGACAUAGACGGCCAGGAAUGGUCUUGCAACUAUCGAGACACCAGGGAUAUCAUGCAGGAGAGCUUGCACAAACUUGCCAACGGCGAGGAGCAAGCGGCAAUGGAUGGUUUCUGUGUCGUAGCCAUGUUUGAUCCUUGUUAUGGAGGAGACUUUUCAGGUCAUCUGGACAAUGCGCUGGUGGGCCUUGGAAGUCUUGAUGAGGCUGGUGUAAGGGCAGUAGUAGCCGGAAUCCUAUCAGAAGCAUAGAAGACUCGGAGACGGAUAUAUGUAUAUGUUGAGUAAGAUCAAAGUGAGAGACGAAAAGAGAUUAAAGCC